AUGGACCAUGCAGACUGGCUACUUUCAGAAUCUAUGCACUCUCUGAUCCACGGAGAAGAAAGAAAGCAGAGCAACCCGGGAGUGACGGGGAAAAGUCAAAUAGGGGCCAGGGAGCUUGCUGGCAAGGAGGAGACGUCCAUGUUCCGAAGGAAUGGUGCUGUCACCUGUGCUGGCAGCACCCUGGGCAGUGUCUGCAUCCUGACCCCUGCCGUGUGCAGCCGAGUGGUUUUGCCUUGCUCAGUGCAAGAGUAUCAAGUCGGGCAACUUUAUUCUGUGGCAGAAGCUAGUAAAAAUGAAACGGGAGGUGGUGAAGGAAUUCAAGUCUUAAAAAAUGAGCCUUACGAAAAGGAUGGUGAAAAGGGACAAUAUACUCACAAAAUCUAUCAUUUAAAGAGUAAAGUUCCUGGGUUUGUAAGGAUGAUUGCUCCAGAAGGCUCCCUGGUGUUCCAUGAGAAGGCUUGGAAUGCAUAUCCAUAUUGUAGAACAAUUGUGACAAAUGAAUACAUGAAAGAUGAUUUCUUCAUAAAAAUUGAGACCUGGCAUAAACCAGAUUUGGGGACAUCAGAAAACGUACACAAUUUGGAUCCAAACAUUGUCCAUAUUGACAUCGCAGAUAGAACUCAAGUAGAACCAGGAGACUACAAAGCUGAUGAAGACCCAGCAUUAUUUCAGUCUGUUAAGACCAAGAGAGGACCUCUGGGGCCAAAUUGGAAGAAAGAACUAGCAACUGAUGAAGACUGUCCUAAAAUGUGUGCUUACAAGUUGGUGACUAUCAAAUUUAAGUGGUGGGGAUUGCAGAACAAAGUUGAAAACUUUAUCCAAAAGCAAGAAAAAAGGAUAUUUACCAACUUUCAUCGCCAGCUGUUCUGUUGGAUUGACAAGUGGAUUGAUCUGACUAUGGAAGACAUUAGGAGAAUGGAGGAUGAAACCCAAAAGGAGCUGGAAGCGUUACGUAAUCAAGGCCAAGUGAGAGGAACAAGUGCUGCCAAUGAUGAAUGAUGAUGGAUUUAACCGUCACAUGCAGUGUUGAUAUACAAAUGUGUGUGUGGAUGCAUGAUUAUUUGUAUAUAAUUAUAUAUACGCACAUGCAUACUGAAGGGGGUUGUUACAGUGUCUCCAGGGUACUAUACCUAUCCUCAGCAAAGAUGCAAAGGAAACUGCUUUCAUUAUGUAUACCUGAAGCAAAUAAAAAAUCAACUGAGUAGUGUCAUUUAAAGGAUGAAUUAACUGCAGAAUUAUGCUAACUGGUAUGUGUCAUGAAUGUCAUACUGGACCAAUUUAUUUCUGUACUUGUUUUUUUUCCUGUCUUGAGUCACUCUGCUAUACCUUGCCCAUAUCUCAUUGUAAAGAAACAGAUUCAAAUAAUUUCAAUUUUGUGUCUUCCCUAUGUGAUUAUUUUUGGAAUAGGAACAAUGAAUGUAUUUAUAGCUAUUUAUUUCUGGAUUGUCAUUAUCCUAUAGUCAAAACAGAAAAUUUUUUCUAUUAGUGGAAAUUGGAGGACUUUUACUAUUGAAUGAGUUUGACCCAAACUUUACCCAUUCACUGAUUUAAAAAACAAAAUCACGUUUUAUCGGACUUUUGUACAUUGAAAUGCUGAUGUUUUUUCUUCAUUAAAAUUGGCAAGAUUAAGGAAAAA